AUGUAUAUAGACGAGAGUAAGAUCCCCUUAGUUUUGGUUGCUUGUGGUUCUUUUUCACCUGUAACUUAUCUUCAUUUGAGAAUGUUUGAAAUGGCUCAAGAUCAUUUUAAAGAACGAAAUGAAUUUGAAUUAUUAACAGGAUAUUAUUCACCUGUAUCUGAUUAUUAUAUGAAAGAAGGAUUAGCAAAGGCAGAACAUCGUGUCAAGAUGUGCCAAUUGGCAGUUGAAACAACAUCUAACUGGUUAAUGGUGGAUUCUUGGGAAGCACGUCAAACAACUUAUCAACGUACAGCGGUUGUUCUUGAUCAUUUUGAUCAUGAGUUGAAUACAAUAGGUGCAUAUUCAUUUUUUGUUUUAAUAGGAAAAAGACGUAAAAUUCGUAUUAUGUUACUAGCUGGUGGUGAUUUAAUUGCCUCCUUUGGACAUCCUGGUGUUUGGGCACCUAAUGAUUUACAUCAUAUUGUGGGCCAUUAUGGUUGUGUCAUUAUUGAAAGAACAGGCACUGAUGUAUAUGGAUUUUUGCUAUCACACGAUAUCCUUUAUCAGCAUAGAAUGAACGUUACAGUAAUUAAACAAUUGAUCCAUAAUGAUAUUAGCUCUACAAAAAUAAGACUUUUUGUGAAAAGAGGCAUGUCAAUUAAGUAUUUACUACCUAAUCCAGUCAUUGAUUACAUUCACAAUCAUGGCCUUUACUUACCUUUACCACCAGCAGAACAGGAGAUACAAAAGCCUGUGUUCAUUGAUCAAGAUUAA